GCGGCGUCCCCGGGCGAGGCGCUGACGUGAGCUGGGUGCACCUGGGCUGGGCAGGUAAGGGCCGGUGCGGGACUCGGAGAAGAACUCGCAGCCCCUACUCGCGUAGAGCCAGGUGCCCCUUGGCUAAGCCGUCGAGCAGCGUGGUGGCUACAGGUGAACUCAGCUGCGGACUUGGUUCGGGCAUCUCUGCUUCUGGUAGCCGGAUUGAGGACGGGUGGGGACGCCAAUUUUCUGGAGACCAGCUUGAAGGAGGGAAGACACACCCGCGGGUACAGAAGGGUCCGCCCUAGACUUUGAAGGGAAUCUUUAGGUGGCCUAAGAGAAGGGCAAGCCAACUCAAGACCCGGCUCUUCAGAUCUCUGGGGACACACUGCCUGCUUUUCCAGCAGAUCAUGGCCCUUCACCCCCGCAGAGUCCGGCUGAAGCCCUGGCUGGUGGCCCAGGUGGAUAGUGGCCUCUACCCUGGGCUCAUUUGGUUACACAGGGACUCCAAACGCUUCCAAAUUCCCUGGAAACAUGCCACCCGGCAUAGCCCCCAACAAGAGGAGGAAAAUACCAUUUUUAAGGCCUGGGCUGUAGAGACGGGGAAGUACCAGGAAGGAGUAGAUGACCCUGAUCCAGCUAAAUGGAAGGCCCAGCUCCGCUGUGCUCUCAACAAGAGCAGAGAAUUCAACCUGAUGUAUGAUGGCACUAAGGAGGUGCCCAUGAACCCAGUGAAGAUAUAUCAAGUGUGUGAUAUUCCCCAGCCCCAGGGCUCCAUCAUUAACCCAGGAUCCACAGGGUCUGCUCCAUGGGAUGAGAAGGAUAAUGAUGUGGAUGAAGAUGAUGAGGAAGAUGAGCUUGAUCAGUCACAGCACCAUGUUCCCAUCCAGGACACCUUCCCCUUCCUGAACAUUAAUGGUUCUCCCAUGGCACCAGCCAGUGUGAGCAAUUGCGGUGUGGGUAACUGCAGCCCUGAAGCAGUGUGGCCCAAAACUGAACCUCUGGAGAUGGAAGUUCCCCAGGCACCUAUACAGCCCUUCUACAGCUCUCCAGAGCUGUGGAUCAGCUCUCUCCCAAUGACUGACCUGGACAUCAAGUUUCAGUACCGUGGGAAGGAGUACGGGCAGACCAUGACUGUGAGCAACCCCCAGGGCUGCCGGCUCUUCUAUGGGGACCUGGGUCCCAUGCCUGACCAGGAGGAGCUCUUUGGUCCCGUCAGCCUGGAGCAGGUCAAAUUCCCAGGUCCGGAGCAUAUCACCAAUGAAAAGCAGAAGCUAUUCACCAGCAAACUGCUGGAUGUCAUGGACAGGGGACUUAUUCUGGAGGUCAGCGGUCACGCCAUUUACGCCAUCAGGCUGUGCCAGUGCAAGGUGUACUGGUCUGGGCCAUGUGCCCCAUCGCUUGUUGCUCCUAACCUGAUUGAGAGACAGAAGAAGGUCAAACUAUUUUGUCUGGAAACAUUCCUCAGUGAUCUCAUUGCCCACCAGAAAGGACAGAUAGAGAAGCAGCCACCAUUUGAGAUCUACCUAUGCUUUGGGGAAGAAUGGCCAGAUGGGAAACCCUUGGAAAGAAAACUCAUUUUGGUUCAGGUCAUUCCAGUGGUGGCUCGGAUGAUCUACGAGAUGUUUUCUGGUGAUUUCACACGAUCCUUUGACAGUGGCAGUGUCCGCCUGCAGAUCUCCACUCCAGACAUAAAAGAUAACAUUGUUGCUCAGCUAAAGCAGCUAUACCGCAUCCUUCAAACCCAGGAAAGCUGGCAGCCCAUGCAUGCCACAACCAGCAUGCAACUGCCCCCUGCACUGCCAGCCCAGUAAUCAUCAAUACCCUUUGGUUCCUUCUCUUUUUUAUAAUAUUGUACAUAUAGGAUAUUUUUUAUUCACAUUUAACCAGCUUUUGAAUGUCUCUUUUCUUUAACAAUGUUAGACAUCUCCGAUUCUCCAAAAUAUGCCUAGAUUUAAAGUUGAUUUAAUUUAUGGAAAAAUCACUCUCAGACUUUCGUUUUCUUUUUUAAACUUCCUAAUGGUAGUAUGAUAUAGUAAAAGAAGAUUUGUCCUGAGAGUUUGGACACCAGGGUUGUAGCUGCAACUUUGCUUCCCCUGUGACCUUGAACCAGUCUUUUAAUCUGUGAGCUUCAAAUUUAUUACUUACAAAGUGAUAGAAUGGAAUGGUACCUGAAGUCGCAUUCACCUUUAAAACUCUGACUUGAUGACUUUAUUCUACUUGUACAAGAGGCAAAAUUGCCUGGAACAGAACCCUUCUGCAUUGCUUUUGUACCACAUUUUUUCCCCCCUUGCUUUUAUUAAAGUUCCCUCAAGCGCUAA